UAAAAAGGUUUUGAAAUCGAAGGGGGCCUUCAGUCGAUCGUUCGGGCCGUCCAAGAAAGUCGUAAAUCGUCAUAUCGGAAAAUAUUCGUCUGAAGCAUGAAGCUUUUGGGAUAUUGUCUUCUUUGCCUCUUUGCUACGAGAGUGCAACCGAAGCCGCAAGUAACGAAGCUGUUUCCGGAAGGACUAGCGCCGUAUCACAAACAAUUCAACAGCACCACGCAGUCGGUGGAUAAGUUUUGGGACAAACUACGCACAACGUACAAACUUGUUUUCCGUCAACUCGGCAACACCAGCGACGCGGAAAAGGUCCUCGCGAAGAACGCGCCGGAUACUAACUUGCAAGCUCUGAGACUGAUCUGGGCUGACACGCUAAAAGCAGACAACUAUACGAAUCUCAAGUAUCCAAGCAACAGCUUCCUAGAUCAGGUAAAAUCGCUGUCGAUACUUAAGAAGAACGACAGCAAGGCAAAGGCGAGCAACCUCGAGGGCUCAACUUUCGAAAUAAAAGCAACGAGCGAGAACAGAACGAACGUGACUUCUAGCUCCAACAAAAUUAAGUCACUGCCUGACGAUGAUUGGUUCAACGAUAUUCAGCCUCUGGGGCAACUGGAGCUGCAGGACGACGAACUGGACAAGAAAAACGAGGUGGAAAUCGUGAAGACAGGAACGACGACGGCGGUUUACCAUCUGCUCGAGUGGCUUGGGUCUCUCUUCGGCUUCACCUAUAGCGUCUACUCGAAAUUAUCGGGCGUUGCUUGUGGCAACGAAAAGGCGAUACGUUGAUAACAAAACGGCAGAAAGAUAAAAUAAAAUACAUUACAUAAAAACUUAUACUAAUCUGUUCAUAAAUCUAUUAAGUCCGAAUGUACGUAACACGAAUAUCUGCAAUUGUAAUUUAUCCAAUAUAAAAAUCGAAUACAAAUUACAUUUAACGCUACAUGCACGUCAAGAGUACGAGCAAACGUCGAAUGAGAAUUUCACAAGUUCAGUACGUUUAGUAGUAAAUAGAGGAAAAGAAGGGAAAAGAGGACGGAGGAAGCGAGGACAGCACGCAAUAAGUCGAAUUUUAUACCUUUGUACUGUCGUCGUAUUCCGCUCGCAUAUUCCACUGUAAAAAUAAACAAAACAAAUAAAAAUCUACAUCUUACGAGAUUAAAUAAUGGUGCCCUUUACACUUUACUAAUUUUCCAAUUGUACGAGCAACACAAUGGAUGCUACCGCACGAACAUGAAAUAUUAUAUCGUCCCGUUGAGGAUCCGAGGGCAAAGAGUUCGUUCUGAAAGCGACACAAAGUUCACCGUAUUAAUAUUUCCGCGUUAGUGUCAUAGACGAUUCGUUGUACGGCAUUGCGUAAGAGUUUAUA